UUGAUGUGGGAUUCAGUAUAUUUAAUGGUUAGACAAAUGAGUAGAAUAGUACAACUGGAGAUGAUAUGGUGUAUGUGAAUUGUGAUGAUGUGAAGAGGAAUUUGGAGAAAUCGUUGAUACUGAGAUAUGAGAAUUGUUCUGAGUCAAAUGCAGAUCCAUCACGGUUCAAUAUUUCAAUAGUACCGAUAGUACUGUCCAAUGUCUGGACGACGAACUCCUGGAUACCAGUGUUGACCAACAUUUCGGUUUAUCAUUUCGAGAUAGCGCUCAGGUGUAUAAUUUGGAGGAUUGGGAUUGCCAAUAUCAUGGUUUUCAGGUCGCAGUUGUGAGUUUGAAGGAUCUAAAUUUCCGGCAUGCUGAAAGUUGAAUUUAUCAUCUUCGUCAUCGAUGAAAACUAUAUUGGGUUUGGAGCCGUCCACACCUUGAUUAAAGUGGUUGAGUGAACAACGAUUGGUGAGUGAAAACUGUCAUGAGACUCGUCUUCAUACUACUACUCAAUGUCUUCCUCUUCGAACAACUACUGACCAAACCAAUGCCAUUCAACUCUACCAUUCAAUAUAAUCAAGGUGUGGACGGCUCCAAACCCAAUAUAGUUUUCAUCGAUGACGAAGAUGAUAAAUUCAACUUUCAGCAUGCCGGAAAUUUAGAUCCUUCAAACUCACAACUGCGACCUGAAAACCAUGAUAUUGGCAAUCCCAAUCCUCCAAAUUAUACACCUGAGCGCUAUCUCGAAAUGAUAAACCGAAAUGUUGGUCAACACUGGUAUCCAGGAGUUCGUCGUCCAGACAUUGGACAGUACUAUCGGUACUAUUGAAAUAUUGAACCGUGAUGGAUCUGCAUUUGACUCAGAACAAUUCUCAUAUCUCAGUAUCAACGAUUUCUCCAAAUUCCUCUUCACAUCAUCACAAUUCACAUACACCAUAUCAUCUCCAGUUGUACUAUUCUACUCAUUUGUCUAACCAUUAAAUAUACUGAAUCCCACAUCAACGAUUUUCUAUCGUCUUCCAUCAUCUAUGACCUAAUCAUGCUGAGUAUGUUAGGCUUUCAACUGUGUCUUGCCUUAGUUCUGUGUUUACUGUGAUAACGACUCUUUCAACGUCAUAUUCAUUAUUUGACGUUUAUGUGAUAUUCUCCCUACUGGUAUAACAUUUUUGUCAUUGAUCGCUGAUACGCGACAAUGUGUUGAUGGAUAUUCAUAUUUUUUCUCUGUGAAAUCGUUUUGAUGUAGAGUACGGGAUGAAGGAGUUGAUUUUGUUUGAUUUUGUCUGCCUUUUCUAACGGGAAUUUUAACCGUACCAUGAUUCGCCUUUAUCAACCUUUUGCUGUGUUCUUACCUAACCAAAUACCAGUACUGAUCUAAAGAAUAUAUUCCGAG